CUUAACUUCCUGAUUUCCUCCAACAGACGCUUCUUACAGAUUAAGAAACAGAAGAGAUCUUAAAGAAAGAACGCCGUCACAUGGCUUCUUUACAGGCUUCUAAUUUUGUGCUGUCUUCUUCUUCAAAGCAAAUCUAUGCUGCUAUAUCUGUCCCUAAGCUUCCGUCGAUCCGGCUUUCAGUUCCAAAAGUACCAACCAGAGUGUUGUCUGAUGAAUUGAAUACAAGGGAUGGGUUCAUCAACACAAUCCCAGAUGAAAAGAAUGUCACUAGGACAUCAUUGGUUCAAGAAAGCUCGUCCGUUUCAAUGGCUACCGUUCAGCUUUAUGCUAUCUUAGAGGCUGUUGCUGAUAGAGUGGAGAUGCACAGCAACAUCGGCGAUCAACGCGAAAACUGGAAUACCCUCCUGCUUAAUUCCAUUAACAUGAUCACUCUCACUGCCGCAACCAUGGCCGGCGUUACAGCAACAGGCGGAGCUGGGGUUUCUAUUUUGGGUUUGAAGUUGGCAUCCACUCUCUUGUUCUCCGCAGCCACGGGAAUGUUGGUUAUGAUGAACAAGAUCCAACCCUCACAACUUGUGGAAGAGCAACGUAACGCAACGAGAUUUUUUAAGCAGCUUCAGAGCCAAAUACAAACCUUACUCGCUGUUGGUUCUCCAAGCAAAGAUGACGUGAAAGAUGCUAUGAAGAAAGUCUUGGCCCUUGAUAAAGCUUACCCUCUUCCCUUGCUUGGUGUAAUGCUUGAAAAAUUCCCAGAAAGUUUAAAGCCUGCUGUUUGGUGGCCUACAAACCAGUCUCCAAAAACAAACAAAUCAAAAGAAGCAAAGCACUUCAAUGGAAAGGUGGAUAACAAUGGAUGGACCGAAGAGCUAGAAACAGAAAUGAGAGAAAUCGUUGAGGUGAUUAAGAGAAAAGACAGCGAAGAUUAUGAGAGACUAGGCAACAAGGCGUUGAAGCUCAACAAAGUUUUAGCUAAAACAGGGCCAUUACUAACUGGAAUUGCAGCUCUAGGGUCUGCCUUCAUGGGGUCUUCCCAUGGGCCCUGGGCAGCAAUAGUGGCGGCUGUUGCAGGAUCUUUAGCUUCAGCUGUCAACACUUUUGAGCACGGUAGCCAAGUUGGUAUGGUGUUUGAGAUGUACAGAAACAAUGCCGGCUUCUUCAAACUCGUGCAGGAAUCAAUCGAAUCAAACCUCGACGAAAAUGAUGUGGAGAAAAGAGAGAAUGGGGAGUUGUUGGAAAUGAAGGUGGCAUUGCAGUUGGGAAGAAGCUUAUCCCAGCUGAGAGACCUAGCCAAGAAAUCCAGUUAUUCUCGUAUAGAAGGAAGCCCCAUUGAUGAAUUUGCAAGCAAGCUCUUCUAAUCUAGAUUCAUCACAACAUGUGCAUAUCUAAAAGCCAAAAAAUUCUUUGAUUCUUUGAUUCAUUAUUCUUUGUACAGUUUUGUAACAUGAU